CUUCAGCUCUGUGUUUAUGUUUCAUCAAAGGGCAACGUGAUCCCGCCUCUGAUUGGCUGCCAACAAGAGCUUACGCGAUAUUGCUUAACGCUCAUUGGUCGGUUGUAUGAAAGGGUGGGGCUUCGUGUUGCUACGUUGCCACCUUUAGUUGUUCUUCGGCAGCUGCAAAGCUGGAAAGUCCGACAACCGAAAACAUUUCCGACUGGAAUACUGCCUGUUGCCUUUUUAAAUGAAGGACAUUCACAUCUUCUUCGUCGUGCUGCCGCCGCGGAUACACCAAUCUGUGACAAUGUUCAUGUCGAAAAACAAAUGAACGAACCGAGUCGAUGCUCUCGAGAGCUAGCUUUCUUUCUACGAGCUAACGUUAGCUGACGCUAGUUCUGUCUGUGGCUAACGGCUAUUAGCUCGAGUUGACGUUUGUGUCGCGGGUGAUGGAGUGAGCAGCCCUUCCCGCCGUCUGGGAGAGGACAUCCACCCGUUGUGGUUGGAGAAACGCCUUCUCUCACACUGCUGACAUCAUCCGUGGAAGUGGCCCGCGGUGUCCCGCCGUGUAGCGCCAGUAGAGCGACUGCCGUGGAGAGGGAGAGAGAGAGUUAGAAGGGGGGAGAGUUCGAUACCCAAGAGGGAAGAGAUGGGAAACUGUCUGAAAUCUCCGACCUCGGAUGAUAUUUCCCUGCUACACGAAUCCCACUCGGACCGGGCCAGCUACGGAGACGGCGCUGACCCCGACCAGGAGCCCCCGCCCCCGUAUCAGGAGCAAAUCCACGUGCCUGUCUACCACCCGACGCCCAGCCAGGCCCGACUGGCCACCCAGCUGACCGAGGAGGAGCAGGUCCGCAUCGCACAGCGGAUCGGCCUCAUCCAGCACCUCCCGAAGGGCGUGUACGACCCGGGGCGGGACGGCUCUGAGAAGAAGAUCAGAGAGUGCGUCAUCUGCAUGAUGGACUUUGUGUACAGAGACCCCAUCCGCUUCCUGCCCUGCAUGCACAUCUACCACAUGGACUGUAUCGACGACUGGCUGAUGAGAUCCUUCACCUGCCCCUCCUGCAUGGAGCCUGUGGACGCCGCGCUGCUCUCCUCCUACGAGACCAACUGACACACACACACAGAAAUUAUAUAAUAUAUAUAUAUAUAUAUACACACACACAUGCCCAUAGGCACCUGGAAACCGGAAUGGACUCUCAGACAUAUAAUAUGCACACACACAGACACACUUUCAUCUUGCUCACCUGUGUCCUGUAUUAGAAAAGCGUUGAUGUAUAUAGUGAACAGCGGAUGAAUUUAGGAUGAACCUGUGUGUGUUUGUGUGAGCAGGAAUGCCUUUUGUGUACGUGUGUACUGCACAAAAGUCCUCCGUUGGCCUGCUGGACAGGUUUGAUUUAACGUGGACUGAAUAAACGGAGCAGACCGAGCAGCAUGUCGGAAUGGGACCGGUGGGUGUAAUGAGAAGUCAAAGGGGAAAGCAUGACGGUCAGCUGACAUGAUUAAAAUAUCCAAGAGCUUUCAUAUGCGUUCCAGUAGAAAGGCUUCCUUUUAAUCAUUAAUCCGUCAUUGCUACAAACAAUGGACUGCCCCGCAACCUUCUGGAAAUAAAACAUACGAUUAUGCCGCCUCCUUCUUGCAGACUCAUCCCGGCUGCAGAAACUGCUACAGGUGUGCGAUUCAAAGGAGGUCCGGGAUGGACAACAGCCUCGAUACUGCAAGUGUCACACAUGUACACGUGGAACAAAACUCUUCCACAGGCCUGUACUGGUCCACGGCGCCCGGGCCUGGAUCAGCCGCCGUGGGUUUGUGAAAUCUGUUGCGGCGUAAGGGCUUCGUCAAACCCGCGUCGACCGACCGACCGACCGGAUAAUGCAAAAGGAAGGAAAAUCGGUGGACGGCUGGUGGGACGCCUGCUGGACCAGAAGGCAAACUGGUGAUGCGAAUCAAAGACAUUUUCUCUUCAUCAGUAACUUGUGACAAGAGUUGACCAUAUUCAUUCAGUCAAGAUGAGAAAAUGAGUCAGGCGAUUUUCAUCACCACUUCAAAGAUGCAAACACAAUUUAUUACUAGUGACAUUAACUAAACUACUGAAUGAAUUCCAGUUUUGGCUCCCCUGUUGUCGACAGAAUCACGUAUUUCGGGCCACUUUGUGCGGACCACGCCGAUGACCGCUCGGGUCCCGGUGAACGUGGCCUAUGAAGGCAAAUCAAUGUCAAAAUCCCGAGAGCGCAAAUCCGGUCCACGCGCGCGCGAAAAUCAAACAUCCGCGAGCAAAAAGUAGGUCUCGCGCGAGAUAUUUGCUCGGUCGCGAAACUUGAACCUCCCUGCUCGCGAGCCUGCUCCCUGCUCGCUCGCUGUUUGCGGCAGUAAGGGGGAGGAGCCAGUCACCAUGGUUUCUCUGCAUCUAAUUGGUUACAAAGCCCGCGCAUUCACACGCCCAUUUCCGCACAUCGGCACGUUCAUCAUGAACUCAGCACAGUCGAGGCCUUUGUCUUAAUGGUGGACCUCACUCCAAAUUGUCUGUCGCCCAAGUAACCCAGUUUACUGUAAAAGCACACUUUCAUUCUCCCUGUUGACAUUGGUGAGUGGGCGAGACUCAACUAUGCAGGAAUUAUAACCCUCCUCCCCCACAGGGCAUGUGAUAGAGAUCCAAUAGACUUUGUAAACAUUCCUACCGUGAUUUGUGUUUGUGGAUUACGCACCUUAGUCUUUGCACAGUACUUUAACCUGCCUGCGUCUUUACGAUGUCCCCCAUCAAACGCGAGUACGCAAUGGCAUCUGCUGCUAACAGAAAGCCGCCUUCAUUAUCCAUCGUCUGCAAAAAAAAAGAUGCAGUUCUCCAAAAAUGAUUCUUAAUCGCGAGGAAUUAGUGCUUUGGUUCUGACGCAUUAAAAAUGUCCACACCAGGAGUGAAAAGUGAGUGCUGUUUUUUGGUGUUUUCUGCUUGAACAUGGAGGUUUCCUCCGACGUGUUGUGUGUUUGCAUAUGGAUGCUUGUUAGACAUUUCCUUGUUUGUGCAUAUGCUGUACUUUGGCAAACAAUAAAUAGAGUUGCAGAACUGCCA